UUGUUCUUCGCCGCCGGCGUUCUUCGCCGGAUCUGACCGGGUGCGGAAAAGCAAGCCAGUCCCCAAAUCCCAACUACAAAAAGAGCAGUUAAUCUCCUCUGGCUCUGGCUGCUACCGUAGAUCUAGCCCUCUUUUCGUUCUUGGUUUUGUGGCCAUGUCUGACAGCGAGAAAGAGGUGCCAGCCACAGACGGAGCCGCGUCCCGGGGGGCCGACUGGGAGGUGGUGACCCUCACCGCGUCCACCUACGCCGCGGCGCCCGGCGGACCCCAAGGAGCAGCAGAGGGCAAGAGGCUCGGAGAGGGCAGCAAAGACAGCCAGGGAACGCUGCUCAUGUCGGACCACUUCGUGUUCCCCCCCAGCGAGCACGAGAACCUGCCCAUAGAGACCGCCCUUCUCGAGCCUCAGGAAAGCACCAGCGUGGACGCCGCCGCCGCCGCCUUCAAGAAUGUCGGUGGGGGCUACGAUGAUGAUGGGUCCGAGACGGUCAAGUACUAUGACGAGGGCAAGAGCCUGUCGGUACAUGAUGCCGAGAUGAUGAUGGGUGACGUGGCUGAGUUCUACGCAGAAGAUGACGGCCGUGGUUUCGUUGUUUUCCAUGAUGAUGAUUCCCAGGACAAGUCUGGUGCGCCUCAGGACACCAGUGGCAGCAGCAAGGGCCGCGGCUCUGGUGCCCCCUGCCAGUGCUGGCUGAAGAAGCACAUGUCAUGCCUGUAUGACCAAGCUAAGGAGACCAACACUAUCUGGGGUGCGGUUGUUGUUGCUGCCCUGGUUGGCCUUGUCAUCUUGUGGCGCAAGGACAAGUUGCACAUGAGCUGCCUUAAAUGGCGCUCCCGCUCGGCAGUCAGUUUAUGUGGUACAUAAAGUGGGAUUCUUACCCAAUUUGUAUGAUGUGAGUGGUUAGUCUGCCUAAAAGUGGUGGAGGCUAUUUCAGCACCUUAGAUAUCAAGUUAGUUUACACUUUACACCGGCAGUGUGCCAAGUUUCUUUCUUUUGCAACAUUAGGACAUCCAAUUCUCAUCUCUAUCUAAUGCAACAUGUUUGCUGUCAUGUUUAUAUUUACAGUGGAAUACUCCGUAGUAUCAUUUUCUUAACUUUUUAUGCAGUCAGUAAAUUGGUUCUUGUCAUUAAAAUUGUUAACAUAUCAUCAUUGUUAGUAUCAUAUGGGAACCUUCUUGUAUUAACAUUUUUGUAUCUCAUCAUUGUUAGUAUCAUACAAGUCUUCUAUGUGGGAAACAUACAUACAGUUUACCUAGGUCCUUAACCUGUAACAGUGUCCUAACUGUUCAGACUAUUUCCUUUAACAAGCUAUCAAGUACGUAAAAAGCAAUAUGAUAGAUAUACUACUACCUUCUUUCUUAUGUUUCUAUUAUAUUAGAUCACACUGAUAUCGUCUUGAUGACAGAAUAUAUAUUAGAGAUGAUAAUUCCUGAUGUCCGUUGCCUUCUGUGAAUCGUUACGUCUUUUGUUGCUAACCAAGGC